GCCUCCAAAUCCAAUCCCCCACCCCUGGUGGCAUUUUCCCAAAAUUCCCAAACUCAAAGGGCAUUUUCCUAAACUCCAAACUAUAAUACCACCACCACCCUCUUCCCAUUCCCCCCCACCGCUUUUCCCUCUCUCUCUCUCUCUCUCUCUCUCUCUCUAAAGCCAUCAAGAAAAGCAGAACAAGAACCAUGUCUCUUAUCACAGAGGAGAUCAAAGCCAAGGCAGACGAGUUCUACACCGGGAACGCUAUCUGCCAACAGAAGUCAAAGCAACUCCUCAGAGAAAUGGGCCUGCCCAACGGGCUCCUCCCGUUGGAAGACAUGGAGGAGUGCGGCUACGUCCACGCCGAGGGCUUCGUGUGGCUCAAGCAGAAGAAGAUGAAAGAGCACAAGUUCCAGAAGAUCGGGAAGCUGGUGUCGUACGCGACCGAGGUCACCGCCGUGAUCGAGCCCGGGAGGAUCAAGAAGCUCACGGGCGUCAAGACCAAGGAGCUCUUGAUAUGGCUCUCGUUGAGUGAUAUCUACUUGGAUGACCCGCCGACCGGGAAGAUCAAUUUUCAGGUUCCGACGGGGCUGUCGAGGAGUUUCCCGGUGUCGGCAUUUGAGGUGGAGGAGAAGGAGGAGGUGAAGGGGGGUGGUGGUGGGGUGGGGAGUGGUGGUGCUGCCGUGGCAGUGAAGGAGGUGUAAAACAUGAAUAGUGUCGGUUCUGACGUUUGAAUUGCCCAAAAUCGACUUUUAAGUUUGGUUGUCCGCUUGUUAUUAUGUUUAAAAAAAAUCAAGGUUGUUACUAAGUCUUAAAAAAUUUAAAAAAGAAAUCAAGGUUACAUUGUAUUUUAAUUUGAAUUUUAUUAAUAAAUGAAAAUGAAAAUAUAAUUAUGGUUA